GCUGGGGACUCAAGCCCGCCCCGCUGGCUCCUGGAGGUCACAUUCUCUAACUGCUCCCUUUCGUUUUCUCGGGUGGAGCCUUCAGCGAGCACGGCUGGAUUUGACUUUGCCACCGUCUCUCAUCUAGGUUUCAAUAGUUCUCCUCUUCCUACCCUUGUACGGAGCUCAAGAUGGCGGCCUCCUGGUCGCUCGUGGUUACCCUGCGUUCUUUAGCUCAGAGCCCGCUGAGAGGGAGAUGUGUUGGGUGCGGGGCCUGGGCUGCCGCUCUCGCUCCUCUGGCCACCGCGCCUGGGAAGCCCCUAUGGAAAGCCUAUACAAUUCAGACACCUGAGAGUGUGACCCCAACUGCUGCUUCAGAGACUUAUUUGAAAGCUGUGGCUGUUUGCCACGGACCUCUGGACCACUAUGACUUCCUGAUCAAAGCUGACGAGCUAAAGGAUGAUGAACAUCAAAGAAGAGUCAUACAGUGUCUGCAGAAAUUACAUGAGGACCUUAAAGGAUAUAGUAUAGAGGCAGAAGGCCUUUUUUCAAAGCUUUUUUCAAGGAGCAAACCUCCAAGGGGCCUGUAUGUUUACGGAGAUGUUGGUACAGGAAAAACAAUGGUGAUGGACAUGUUUUAUGCUUAUGUGGAAGUGAAGAGGAAAAAAAGGGUUCAUUUUCAUGGUUUCAUGUUAGAUGUGCACAAAAGAAUACAUCGCCUUAAACAGAGUUUGCCAAAAAGGAAACCAGGAUUAAUGGCUAAAUCAUAUGACCCGAUAGCUCCCAUAGCUGAAGAAAUCAGCGAAGAAGCAUGUCUCUUGUGUUUCGAUGAAUUUCAGGUCACUGACAUUGCUGAUGCCAUGAUUCUGAAACAGCUUUUUGAAAAUCUGUUCAAAAACGGGGUCGUCGUUGUGGCAACAUCCAACAGGCCACCAGAAGAUCUCUAUAAAAAUGGACUCCAAAGAGCUAACUUUGUACCAUUCAUAGCUGUCCUGAAGGAAUAUUGUAAUACGGUCCAGCUAGAUUCUGGGAUAGAUUACCGGAAAAGGGAACUCCCUGCUGCAGGAAAACUCUACUACCUCACAAGUGAAGCUGAUGUGGAGGCUGUCAUGGAUAAGUUGUUUGAUGAGCUGGCUCAGAAACAAAAUGAUUUAACUAGACCAAGGAUUCUAAAAGUGCAAGGCAGAGAGCUGUGGCUGAAUAAAGCCUGUGGAACCGUUGCCGACUGCACAUUUGAAGAGCUGUGUGAGAGACCACUUGGAGCCAGUGACUAUUUGGAAAUAUCUAAGAAUUUUGAUACGAUAUUUUUACGAAACAUUCCACAAUUUACACUGGCAAAGAGGACUCAAGCUCGAAGAUUCAUAACCCUCAUUGAUAACUUUUAUGAUUUCAAGGUGCGCAUAAUUUGCUCUGCAUCAUCUCCUAUAUCAAGCUUAUUUUUAUAUCAACAUCAUGACAGUGAGUUGGAGCACAGCAGAAUACUGAUGGAUGAUUUGGGGCUGAGCCAGGACUCAGCAGAAGGACUCUCCAUAUUUACCGGAGAAGAGGAAAUCUUCGCAUUUCAACGUACGAUUUCCCGACUCACAGAAAUGCAGACUGAACAGUACUGGAAUGAAGGAGACAGGACCAAGAAGUUUCCUCACAACAGAAAGAGUAUGUUUUUUACCCCGAGAUCAAGCUUGGUAGGCAGUACCUGAUCUCAAGUGGUCACAGAGUUGUCUGAAAAAAUCAAGGAUUAUGACACCACCAGGUAAGGAACAAGUGUUAAAUUACAACUAACAGGCAGAUCCCCCAACUCUGACAGCCAGGAAUGGGGACCAGUGAGAGAGUGUUGGGAGGGGCAGAGUCCAGACACACCAGGCAGCAGAGUGGACUCCUGCUCAUCUGAGGCCAGCUGGGGCCCUGGUGGGCAGCAGGCUCCUUCUGACUGCUCAUGCGCAUUUGCUCCAGGUGCAGAAGGCCACUCCCCAGCCUUGCUGCUGAUUCUUCAGCAAGAUAGACCAAUAGGACAUGAUAGAACACUUGACAAACCUACUUUAAAUAAGAUCUGAUUUGUCCUUCAUUGAACUCAUUUCUUGAUUCAUUUAAGUAAAACCUGACUUUGCUAACUUGUCACAAAGGGGAUUUUGGUUGAGGCUGUUAAAAGAAUCUUCAAAAAGAGUCUUAAAAAAAGAAAAAAGAAAUCCCCAAAGUCUUGUGAAAAUCAAGCAUUUUGGGGGGUAGAUAUGGAUGAGUGAGUUCAAACAAUGCUUAUAAUUAUCAACAUAAGUAAGCUCGUUGAACCUAUUUAUUAAUAUUCUUCCACAUUAGUCUAUUUUGGACAUUAACCUAAUGAAGUCAAGCAGAUAGAUGGAUGGGUACCCAAGCGGAGAAAAAAGUUUAAAUUGAGUCAUCUGAAAAUUAAAUGUGGUUUAAAAAUAUUUUUAUUCAAGUGAAACACAGUGAGUUCCAAAGAGGCUAAGUAAUAGGGAGAAAGGAUGGGAAACAACCAAUAUAUGCCAGACUUAAUGCUAGAUAUUUACAUUAGCUCAGUUUAAAAAAUAGUCCUAGAAAGUGAAAAUAAUCAUCCCUGUUUACGGAUAAAGAAACUGAGGCUUAGAAAAAUGAAGUAGCUUGACCUGAGAUUCACAAUUUACAAACUAUAAAACUCAUGUACUAUAUUUUAUACCGUACGGUCUCCUACUCUCACUAUAAAAAAGAGAUCAUUUUAAAUACUGAUUCACUUUUUAAAACUCAGUAAAGUUGAAGGUGAAUUUACAACAGAACCAUUGCUUUGAACUCAAUAAAUAUAAAAUGUUUAAUUUUAUUCUUUAAAUAUUA